UCAGGAUCCAGCCCGUGGUAUGGCUGGCAGUGGAUCCAGAGCAGGACCGUCCAGUGGGUUGUCCAUGAAAUCACAGCUUCAGAUCACUGUUAUUUCUGCAAAACUGAAAGAAAAAAAUAAAUGGUUUGGACCUAGCCCUUAUGUGGAAGUCUCAGUAGAUGGACAGUCAAAGAAGACAGAAAAAUGCAACAAUACAAACAGUCCGAAGUGGAAACAGCACCUUACAGUAAUUGUCACUCCUGUAAGUAAAUUAAACUUUCGAGUCUGGAGCCAUCAAACAUUAAAAUCCGAUGUCCUGCUGGGAAGUGCAGCUCUGGAUAUUCAUGAGACUUUGAAAUCAAACAGUAUGAAACUUGAGCAGGUGGUGGUGACGUUGCACCUCGUUGGUGACAGAGAACCAGCAGAGGUGGUGGGAGAUUUGUCUGUCUGCCUCGAUGGGAUGCAGGUCGAUCCUGAGCUCCUAACCAAUGGUGACGCCUCAAGCACAAGAAGUCCUACGCAGAGUGAUAGCUCCAAAGUAAGGAACGAAACACGGACUAACUCAAAUGGCCUUGAAAGCUGUGAAGAUGCUGCUCCCAGUGAAAACAAGACUGUUAACGGCAGCGAUUCCCCAUUGCUCACAAAUGGAAACUGCAAACCUGCGAGACCUCCCAGGCCUUCGAGACCACCUCCUCCCACUCCCCGCAGACCCACGUCAGUAGCUGCAACUGUAAAUGGUCCUUCAUCCUCAUCCACAUCCACAGAAAGCGAUGGGACCAGUGCGGGAUCGCUGGCGGGUCCAGCUGCAAAUUCAUCGGCAGAGCAGAGCCCUCAGGGGGCAACUGCUGCAACAGCAGCUCCUGCAACUGCUGCGCUCACCACACCUCCAGUGUCAAGGCAGGUCCAGACAGUAAAUCCUCCAGCACAGACACUUUCUACAGUCAGUCAAGGUCCUCUUCCACCUGGUUGGGAGCAAAGAGUAGACCAGCAUGGUCGAGUAUACUAUGUAGAUCAUGUUGAAAAAAGAACGACGUGGGAUCGCCCCGAGCCUCUUCCUCCCAGCUGGGAGCGACGAGUCGACAACAUGGGAAGAAUUUAUUAUGUUGACCACUUCACUAGAACAACGACGUGGCAGAGACCGACGUUAGAGUCUGUCCGAAACUAUGAGCAGUGGCAGCUUCAGCGCAGUCAGCUUCAAGGAGCUAUGCAGCAAUUUAAUCAGAGAUUUAUAUACGGGAACCAGGACUUUUCAUCGACGCAGAACAAAGAGUUUGAUCCUCUUGGCCCCCUGCCACACGGAUGGGAAAAGAGAACUGACAGCAACGGCAGAGUGUAUUUUGUCAAUCACAACACCCGAAUAACGCAGUGGGAAGAUCCCAGGAGUCAGGGGUAA